AUGGACUGCCCUUCAACUGAGCUUGCAAAACCUCCAGUACCAUAUACCAAAGGCUCCACAUUUACGGCUCAAUCACAUAUUCCUCCUGCACCCACCCCGGUUACUCGAAACUGUUGUCAUAAUUCCCGAUCCGGCAGAAAGGAGAGAAGUCAACUCAGUCCGGUGAAGCGAUGUUUAAAAAACCCUCCUCUGCAGGGGACUGUGGGAUUGGACAGCGCUGAUCUAAAAAUCCUUGAUCUACUCAAAGUCGGGGAUGGGCGUAAGUCCCAAAUCUUUACCGUCCGCGUCAGCGGAAGUCGAUUCGAUCCCGAGCUUUUCCCAGAGACCAGGAUAUUGGUGGCCAAGGUGUAUGACCCUCUCUAUUUUGAUGAUCAAGAGGGGGUCAUAAACCCAUUUCUGUGCGUGGACCAGCAUUACACCCACGAGGUCCAUGUUUAUCAAGACGCCCUGCGGCGUAUGCAAGGGCACUUGUUGCCUAGAUUUCACGGGUCGUAUUCCCUCGAACUGCCGGUGGAGAGCUCUCAAACACGCACGGUCCGACUGAUUCUGCUCGAGUAUGUGCCAGGGAUCAGUAUGCACCAGGCGGAUUCCCAAGAUUUCACUCAAGAUUGGCGCAUGCGAAUCAUGAAUUGGGUGAUCAGUUUUGAAAGUUUGGCUUACAAAAUGGGUGUCUUGUUAACAGAUCUCCGUCCACAGAAUGUGAUACUUCUGCAAAGCCCAGAAGGGACCAUACUGGGGUCGGUCUUUCUGGAUUUUGGAGGCACUUUAUGCAGGCGAGAUGAUCCGACUGUUCGAGUACCAGACUUGUUUCUUGGCAAAUACAUUUCUCCUCUUUUGCGAUGGGACGAGGCGAAGGCGAUGGAGUUCAUCGAGUGGAUUGAUUGUGAUUUCCAGGGCUGGAUUCACAAUGCGUACGCACACACUGCAAUAUUGAUUACACCAGAAAUGCGAGAGGCUUACGCUUGAUAUCUUUUCAAGGCUGAACUCCUGAAUAUCCAACAGUGUCAGCACCGUCGUAUCUUCUAUAAUGGUAUGUAGCUGUUUGAUCGAGUUCCGGCCGCGUUUAAUA